GCCAAAUCACAAAGAAGAAGAACAGUAGCGAACAUCAUCAGAGAAUUUUUGUGUUCAGCGUGAGGUUCAAGCCUUCCAAGAAUAUAGGCACCUAGCCACAUUAUUUAACACGGUUUCAAAAUGUCUGAACGAAAGGUUUUGAACAAAUACUAUCCCCCCGAUUUCGACCCCUCGAAAAUCCCCAAGCUAAAACUCCCUAAAGACCGUCAGUAUGUUGUGCGGCUGAUGGCCCCGUUCAACAUGAGGUGCAAGACCUGCGGGGAGUACAUCUACAAGGGGAAGAAGUUCAACGCUCGGAAGGAGACGGUGCAGAAUGAGGAUUACAUGGGACUGCCCAUCUUUCGAUUUUACAUUAAGUGCACAAGAUGCCUGGCCGAGAUCACUUUCAAGACCGACCCUGAGAACACAGACUACGCCAUGGAGCAUGGUGCGACGCGGAACUUCCAAGCAGAGAAACUGCUUGAGGAGGAGGAGAAGAAGAUAGUGAGGGAUCGAGAGGAAGAGGAGCUGAACAAUCCCAUGAAGGUUCUGGAGAACCGGACGCGGGACUCGAAGAUGGAGAUGGAGGUUCUGGAGAACCUGCAGGAGCUGAAGGAGCUGAACCAGCGCCAGGCCACGGUGGACUUUGAGUCCAUGCUGGGUCAGUACCGCGACCUGGAGCAGCUGCAGCGACAGAGGGAGGUGGACGAGGACGAGCGAGAGACCAAGGAGAUGCUGGACAAGGCGCUGGUGAAGAGACUGAGGGACUCCGACUCCGACUCCGACCAGGACGAGGAGAUGGCAAGGUCAGCAGUGAAGAGGCUUGCACCAGAGAAGGCCACUGACAUCCUCACCGUUGAAAAGAGCACAGACAUCCAGGGGCCUGCUGGGACAGUGAAGCGGGCACAGCCGGAGAGCUGGGAGAGGAGUGUUGGAGGCCUGGGGACCAAAGCUGCCCUGGGCUCCCUGGUGGUGAGGAGGAAGACCCCUGCCUCUGUCUCUAAGCCCAGCAACAGCAGCACGCCGUCUGGGCCAAGCACACAGCAGACAGGAACCAAGACUCCAGCCCCUUCUAGCAGCAACGCACAACCAGCGCUCCUGCAGAACGGUUCUUCAGUGAGCAAGCCAUUGGUUCCACAGAACAGUUCCUCUCUCAGCCUGUUGGGGGCGUACUCGGACAGUGACGACAGCGAUUGAGGAGGCCAUGUCUUGUGCUCUGAUAAUUUUUGUUUUAAACAGAAUUUUGGUUUCAAAUGAAUACCUUACAGCAGAUCUGCAGAAGAUCAACUAGAGAAUGCAAACAGGUGUCAGGGCUGUACUUUGUUUCCCUUUAAUUGUAAUACUCUUCUUUGAGUCUUCUGAGACUAGCUUUUGAUCCUUUACACAGAACUGGUUUUAAAAACAGAACCUGUCAGAAACAUCAUGCUCCAGCUUUUCCCUACUCGUCCAGAACCUGCAGGUCCAGUACCCAAGACCUGUUACCUCUUUGAGGGGAACCAGAAGCAGAACUCGGGGUUUCUUGUGUAUUUAGUCCUCAGCUCUCUACCUGUCACGUCAUAUCUCUCUACAGAUGUUUAAAUAAAAUGAUCAUUGAUGCAGA